AUGACAUUGCUCUUCUCUGCGAGAGCGCGCAUGCUCCGGGGCCAUGCGCCUCGCGUCGGGUCGGCCGCUGCGUUCAGAAGGACGCUUGCCACAGUCGCCGACCUGCCUUCAAGACCGGCCGUCGAUGUCGUAGUCAUAGGAGGUGGCCAUGCAGGAUGCGAAGCCUCAGCAGCUGCAGCGCGAACGGGCGCACGAACGACCCUUGUAACACCAUCGCUCGAUAACCUGGGCGUAUGCAGUUGCAACCCUUCUUUUGGCGGGAUCGGGAAGGGAACGAUGAUGCGGGAGAUCGAUGCGCUGGAUGGACUGGUCGGAAAGAUUGCAGACAAAGCUGGGGUGCAGUUCAGAGUGCUGAACAAGAAGAAGGGACCGGCAGUUUGGGGACCACGGGCACAGAUCGAUCGCGCGCUGUACAAGAAGCACAUGCGAGAGGAGAUGACGGACUACCCGGCACUGUCUGUGAAAGAGGGCAAGGUUGCGGACAUCAUACUCGAUCGAUCGCCUGGGGCCGCAGCAGAAGGCAGGCAUGGAAGGAUAAAAGGUGUGCGGUUGGAGUCUGGACAAGUGAUUGACACGAACAACGUGGUCAUCACCACAGGAACAUUUCUUGGAGGCGAGAUCCACAUCGGUCUUGAAGUGUUCCCAUCUGGACGAAUGGGGGAGGCUGCGACAUUCGGCCUGUCGAACUCGUUACGAGAAGCUGGCUUCAAGCUAGGCAGACUGAAGACCGGCACACCUCCUCGACUCGACAAGAAGACAAUCGACCUACCCAAACUUGAAGUCCAGCCUGGCGACGAGCCUCCUACGCCCUUCUCAUACCUCAACUCGCGCGUCUCUGUCGAAGAACAGCUCCCUUGCUGGAGUACCCACACAAAUGAAGCAUCCCACGAAAUCAUCCGGCAGAAUCUGGAUAAGAGCAUUCACAUUCGCGAAACUGUCAAAGGUCCUCGCUACUGUCCAUCGCUUGAAAGCAAGGUGACACGUUUUACCUCAAAGAAUGCUCAUCUCAUCUGGCUCGAACCCGAAGGCUUCGACAAUGAUGUGAUAUAUCCCAACGGCCUAUCAAUGACGGUCCCCACUGAUGCCCAAGAAGCCAUGCUUCGCACAGUCGUCGGCCUUGAAAACGUCAAGAUGCUCCAACCAGGCUAUGGAGUCGAGUACGACUACGUCGAUCCUCGAAGUCUGAGAAGCACGUUGGAGACCAAGGCUAUCGGAGGCCUCUUCCUCGCUGGCCAAAUCAAUGGCACGACCGGCUACGAGGAAGCUGCGGCACAAGGCAUUCUUGCUGGCAUAAACGCAGGGAAUGCCGCCAUUGGCCACGAGGCCUUCACGAUGUCGCGAGCAGAUGGCUAUAUCGGCAUCAUGAUCGAUGAUCUCGUGACCAAAGGUGUCAGCGAGCCAUACAGAAUGUUCACGAGCAGGAGCGAAUACCGUAUGUCAGCACGCGCAGACAAUGCAGACUUACGCCUCACUGCGAAAGGUCGCGAAGCUGGGAUCGUCGGCGACGCCCGUUGGAGAGCUUUCAGCGAUGAGAAAUCACAAAUGGACGAACUGCGCUCCCUCCUUGAGAACAAGAAGCUCAGUUCCCAAACCUGGAUCGAAAACGGCUACCCAGUCCGCAGCGAUGCUCACAAACGCAGUGCGUUCGACCUACUCCGGCAUGCCAAUGUCACGACCACUUCUCUCCUCUCCAUGAUUCCCGAAAUAUCUCAGUAUCCCGAACACAUCCGCGCUCGCAUCGAUAUCGACGGCGUCUAUGCACCCUACAUAACACAGCAAGAAGCCGCCGCCGCAUCAUUCGCGAGGGACGAGAGCUUGCUCUUGCCAGCAGAUCUUGACUAUCAGGCUAUCCAUGGUCUGAGUUGGGAGGAGAAGAAGACUCUGAGCGAGACGAGGCCUGAGUCUGUUGGCCAGGCGCGCAGGGUCGAGGGCAUUACGCCGCAUGGUACGUUGACGCUGCUUGCGUAUGUAAAGGGUGCAUGGAGGAGAGAGCAGAGGAGGAAGAUGUACAAGGAGACGGUUGAGGCGCAGACGCCGGGGAGGGAGGUCGAAACAUUGGCCUGA